AUGAAUUCGAUGAUGAAGGUUGAAAGGUUUCUCUCUCUUCCUGUGUUAGGAGUCUUGUCGGCGAUGCUUUUUCUCUAUUACACCACAAUCUUCAUCUUUCUCGAUGAUUGGGUUGGUUUACGCACUUCCCCUGGCACCUUGAAUUCCUUCUUCUUCUCUCUCUUCGCUUCUCUCUCCCUUUUCUCUUUCUUCAUUUGCGUUCUCACUGAUCCUGGUCAUGUCCCUCCUUCCUUUUAUCCCGAUGUUGAAUCCACUAAUUCCAAAGAUAAUGCAGAACAGAAGAAAUGCGACAAGUGCUUUGGUUACAAGCCUCCCAGGACUCAUCAUUGUCGAGUCUGUAGAAAGUGUGUUCUAAAAAUGGAUCAUCAUUGCUUGUGGAUUAAUAACUGUGUUGGUUAUUGGAAUUAUAAGGCUUUCUUUGAUUUUAUAGUAUAUGCUACCAUAGCAAGUGUUUAUUCUACGGUUCUGUUUAUAUGCUGUGUAUUUCAGAAGGAAUGGGGGCAGAUUAAAGAGAGUUCUCUUAAGUUCUUUUAUGUCAUGUAUGGAACGAUGGUGGUGGGCUUGACCCUAACCCUUUUGUCUCUUACUGGAUGGCAUAUCUACCUUAUUCUUCAUAAUAUGACAACCAUAGAGUAUUAUGAAGGAAACCGUGCAAAAUGGCUGGCCGCCAAGACUGGACAGAGCUACCGGCAUCCAUAUAACAUUGGUGCAUACAAAAAUAUUACAUUGAUUUUAGGUCCAUCCAUGUUGAAAUGGUUAUGUCCUACAGCAGUGAGCCAUCUGAAGGACGGAGUUAGUUUCCCUACAAUACGCGAUAAUUCAUAA